UUCUGAAAGCUUCAGCCAGUUUCGCGAUCUCGUGAACUUUCGAAACUUGUGAGUUUUCCGAAAUUUCCUCUUCGCGUAUUUCCGAGUGCAGUUUUUAGUUUUCCAAAGUGUGUAUUUGUGAAUAAUGUGAAUAUAAUCUAAUGAUUAUAAAAACAGUGAGAAUGAUUUCAAAAAGUUUAAUAAUAAAUUGUGAAGUUGGAUAGUUUAGUUUAUAUUUUCCAAAAUGUUUUCGAAUUUAAGUUUACAUGACUUCAGCGCGUUACAAGGUUUGAACAUCAGUGGUUCGCUGAACGGGAGUUUUCAGUUUGGUUCGGAGUUAGACAUAUUUUUUCAGCCUGAAAAUGUGUUGAUCACUCUGUAUGUGCCAGUUAUAUUGUUGUCAAUGGUGGCAAAUAUACUCCUCAUCGUUGUUGCAGUCAAGUGUAACUAUACAAAAAGUGUGACGAAUAUAUUUCUGGUGAACCUGUCGGCUGCAGACCUGCUGGUAACGGGGAUCUGCAUGCCUAUCCAGCUCAGCAAAGCCAUCACCCUCGUCUGGUUCUACGGGGAGACAGUCUGCAAGAUUGUCAAUUAUAUUCAAGGAGUCGCAGUAGCAGCCAGUGUGUUCACGAUAACAGCAAUGUCAGUGGACCGAUGGCUCUCAAUCUCCCCUGAACCACGGCUCCGACCUCCUGGUAGAAAGCAGGCACUGCUUCUGCUGUUUCUCCUCUGGUGUGCUGCAUUACUAAUAUUCAUACCACUGCUGAUGGUAGCCACUGUGAGAAGGGAACCAGUCCCUAUCAUAUCGAAGGCGCUGAAAAAUAUAUCGAUAGAAACGAGAGACGUGCACUUCUGUACCGAGGAGUGGCCUGGAAUGGACAGAAAGAAACAGUUCGGCAUGCUGAGCUUCACACUCGUGUACGCCAUACCAGGUUCAAUAACAAUAAUGUCGUACGCGUGCAUGGGACGCACACUCUGCUCGGUGCGGCCUCCCUUCGACAUCGACGAGGGUAAUGUCAGCAUGCAACAGGGUCUAAGACUGAUGAAGGAGAGGAAACGAGUGGCGUGGAUCCUGCUUCUUCUGGCAGUGCUUUUCGCCAUGUGCUGGAUGCCAUACAAUAUCAUGCAGCUGUUGUUAGACGUCAACCUGGUAAACGCUAAGGACCUAAGCAUGGUUCUACCGUACGCACUGUUUAUGGGACACGCCAACUCAGCGAUCAACCCAAUAGUAUACUGCUUGAUGACCAGAAACUUCCAGCGGUCGGCGCGCAAGUUGCUGUGUGGCCGCGGCGUGUGUCAGCAGACCAACUUCACGGCGCAUAGCGUGGAGAACCAACAGCCACUGGGACAGAAAGGAUCUGGAGUGGAGGCCACAAACCCGCAAGUGCCGCGUUAG